AUGAGGGCAACGUCGUCGCAUCCGCCAGAAGGCGUGGAGAGGGAGCUUCACUUUGCUCCCUUGGACCGUAACGGCGGCGGCGCGGCGCGCCUUAGGGACCCGCAGUUGCCGACAGGAGGUGCGGCUUUGGUGUCCGAGCUCCCCCGUCCUCUGGUGGCGAGCGAUGGGGCGGCGGUCAAGGCGGGUCGUGGCGCUGGCAGAAGCGGGGCGGAGGAAACGGAGACCUCAAAGGAGGAAAAGCGGCCGCCGCUGCUGCGGGGCGUAUGUGAACCUUCUUUCCCCACAACGUUGGAGGGCGCAAGGGGUGAGGCGGGCUCCCUUCGCUCAUCCGCGGCAAAGCCGGCAGCUGGAGGAGGAUCCACGGCGCGGGCCCCGUCCUACGGGCAAUCGGCGUCUCAGAUGUCUGUAGGCGAGAGAUCCGCGCCUGUUGUUUCACCGCUGCACGCCCGUCCGCGCCCCAUCCAGGCCAUGCCAACUCCGAAGCACUGGAGUGUCUUCUACCCUGACGGCAUCGACAAUCAGCCGCCUCUUCUCCUGCACUAUUUGGUGCUUGGCGGCUGGCGCACGGUGGCGGGUGGGUGGGAUUACUUUAGCCACCGUCGCCUGCAAGACGGGGAGGUCAUUGGGCAUCAAGUGCGGUGGCUUCAUAAUGCCCAGCCACGGGACCGUUUCGUGUUUGUCGUUAGCCCGGUGGAGCCAAAGUCCGCGGACGGGUCCGUCGGACGCUGGCAAAAAUUCCGCGACCACAUCUACGGCCCACCCCCGGCCUUUGCCUACAAUAAGGGAAAGCUGUUCAAGCAACCGCCCUUUGGCGCCGCAGGCACCGCCUUGGCGAACGCGAGGGGAAGCGCCUCACUCUCGCGGCUGCUGCUGCAGGACGAGGACGCCGCCAGCCCCACUUUGGAGCCGCUUGCGCGGAACGCGGGCGACGUUGUUGUCACUCCGCCGUGCUCGCCACACGGUCGCAGCGAGAGGCAAGAGCCAAAGCAGGCCGACACCACGCACUGCAGCGGCGAAGGCGGCGCAGCAAAAACUGUGGGGGUGGAAGUCAUUGAGGUGCGGCACGAAGAUGUCACCGCGACAGACUACGGCCCGCGGCUGUCAUCGAGUAGGUUCGCCAUUGAGGCGAAGGCGGUGUAUGCCUAUUACUUUGCCUCCGUGCAGGAGGCGUUUGCGCACUACGACUGCCUGGAAGAGCUUCGCCGGAUGGAGGAGCAGAUCCGACGCGGGGUCACUAACCGAAUGCCGCUUCACCACAAGGGCGGCAGUCACUACAGGCCCAGCCAAGGCGGUGCCUUUGUCGCCUUUGAGAACGUGUGCGGCGGGGAUAGUUUUUUGGCGCAGGCAACGAUGGGAGCGACGCCCCCGACGCCGCAUGGCAGUGCGGUGGGCUUGGGCUUGGGCAAGGAGACACCGCCGCCGGCGCGCGGAGAGGCGACGACGGAGUCGUUUCCCACAACAACCAUGGACGAAAGCUGCAUCACCGCCGACGACCAAACGGAAAGGCAGACGCCCUGGAAUGAGGCCCAGCUGCUAUACCCGAGCUCGCCGGAGUCCCUGCGGCUCUCUGGGAACGCGCAGCAACUCGAGCGCCACCCGCGUUACAGCCGGCUGGAUCGGCACUCGCUUACUGGAAACGCCGCAACCAUGCGGGGCAAUGGGUCCUUCGCGGACGUGCGUCACCCCAGGCACCGAGACGGCCUCACACUGUCAGCUGCACACCCAACCGCCGCGCGAAGUCGUGCCUCCGUCGGCGAGCCAGUCAUUCGCCCCCGUCUGUUGCCCACGCUUACCACGGCCCAUUUUGAUACCAUCGUCACCGUGUACUCGGAGGACCCAAACUUCAAUGCGGUGUUGCGGGAGGUUUUGAUGCCAGAACCAGGGACCCAUCCUUACACGGUGUCGCUUAAGGAGCAGCGCCGCAUGCUUUCCAUGUACGAAACAGGCAUGCCAGCGUGGACAAUUUUUCUCGCCUCUACUGGGUUGCCGUACCGCCGCGUGUUUCGUCUGAUUUUUGUAGGACUGGUGAACAUAUGGCCCCUGAUCUCUCUCUUCGUGGGGCUAUACGAUCUCUACAAGCAUUUGCCACAGAUGAAAACGUUUUUGUCCACCACCAUGGCGCCACUACUCGGGUGGGUUGACGAGCACUUCACGUUCCGCGUCUCCAUGCUGGUAACCUACAUCAUCUCGGUUGGUGUUACGGUGGCUGCCUCCUUCACGAGCUUUUUGUCGCAGUUUUACAUUCUGGAAGUCAUCCUGUAUCCCCUGCGGAUUCUCGCAGGAUUCCUGCAAACGCCCUUUGCCCUGCUGUUUGAGUUGCUGUGGUCCAUCGUCUUCAUCAUCGGCUCCUUCGUCCGGCUCCUCUUUGUGACGCUGAAGAUGGUCUUUGUGGGGCCCUUCCUCCUCGUCGCGCACGUCGCCUCCUGGGAGUUUGGCAGCGCCCCUGUGAUCCCCGUCGCGGUGGAGGGGACAUCGCUGACGCUGAAGUGGUGGCGAGCCUGGCAGGAAUUUUGGGUCACGGUGGCGUCGCCGGUGAAGAACCUGGCAAAGGCGUGGUACGACAGCGUGGUGCACGUCGCCGUGAGCGCGGCUCGGCGCGAGGCCUCCAUUCGCCGCUGGUACACGCCGAAGCUCAGCUACGCGCUUGCCUUCGUGGCGAAGGUGCGGGAGGUGUGCGUGGUGAACAUUGCCAUUUGGUGGCAGCUGUGCGGGCCCGGGUGGGGGAUGUGGCUGCUGCACACCGUUCUCUUUGCCUACGCGCUGUGUCUGCUGCUCAUGCCCGGGAACGGCGACGCCUUUCCCUCGUACGCCAUCUUCGCAGCACCCCCCACUCCCCUGCACGGCGACGCGGCGGCCCUGACGACGCCCGCACCGGCGUUCACAGAGGCGGCGGAGGGAGGCGCCGGUGAUGCCGCACUCCCGAUGGAGGGGCCCCUGCCGCUCGGCGACAUCGACGGCAACGGCUUCGACGCCCUGUACUUUGCGUGGGAGACACUCAUUGCGGUGUGGGUCCAGUUGCCGUGGUAG